UGCAAUAUCAUCAUCCUCUUUUAACUUGGAUAGAGGGGGAUUCAUGCCCUUUUGUAUCGCCGUGUAACCUAUUCAGCCAAUCAAAUGAAAAGCAGUCCACAAUUCAGCCUUAAUGAGUGUCCUCCCAAAAUUCAAAAGACAGUUGACCUCUUUUUGAAAGAGAGACAAUGCCUUCGUUUUUUAUCUGUAUACAUCAUGACUGAAAUGAACGAAUUGGAACAUGAAUUAGAAAAAUUAGAUAUUAAAAGGCAUAGAGUAAGCGUAUCUCAAUCUGAACACGCAAGAGUUUAGCAACAUCUAAUCAGCACGUCGGCAUGCAUUCAUCACAUAUUGAACCUACAGAAGAUAUAUUUAACGCCAACGAUCCACAAAUUAAAGAAGAUAUCAUUGCCAUCAUUCUACAGUAUUUACAGGACGAGGGAUAUCAUCUCUCUCACUCGGUACUCUAUGACGAAACCAAUGUCAAGUGGAAAGAGCGAGAAGAACGUACGAUGGAGAUCAAGCGACUAAAAAAGGCUAUUCUGGAUGGAGACUGGCCAGAGGUCGAAAAACUCUGUACCAAACAACUCGUAAAGAACCAUCGAUCAUUUUUAUACUCUGUCUAUAAACAGCAGUAUUUGGAAUAUCUCGAGAAACGCGAAAUUCAAAAGGCAUUUACCUUUCUCAACAAACGACUCAAGCCACUCGAGCACUUUCAGACAAGACCCAACGAGUUUAAGGAUAUGUGUUAUCUACUGACAGCAAAAUCUAUUCAUGAAGCACCUAGUUUCAAACACUGGGAAGGCAUUAUGGCAUCUAGAGAAGCACUCGUCGAUCAAUUGAAUACUAUUCUAGAAUUUGAAACCGCAGAUAGAUCCGGUAAUCGACACAUCCCGCCUGACCGUCUGUUGACGUUGCUCAGACAGGCCGUUGCGUACCAGAUUGAGUUUUCGCGAUACCAUCCCAAGAUUGCGCCUACAGUCAAUACAUUAUUAGAUGAUUAUAGUGGGUUCGUGAUACCGAACGCUGUACGUGCUACGCUCAAGGGCCAUCAAGGUAAUGUGAAAUGUGUAGAAUUCAUUGGCGAAGAAGGAAAACGGAUUGUCUCUGGUUCGAGCGAUAAUACCCUCCGUCUCUGGGAAACUGAGACGGGAGAGUGUCUACAUGUCUUUGAAGGACACCGGUCCCGUAUAUGGGACCUGUCAAGUACUCGACAAGGUGACUUUGUCGCCAGUGCCAGUGGAGACACAACUGUCAAGAUCUGGAGUCUAAAGAAUAAAAAAGAUGUGAUGACUUUGACUGGUCACUCGGGUGAUGUUUACUCUGUCAAGUAUCAUCCAGACGAGACUCAUGUGGUCACUGGUGGUUAUGACAAGACAGUUAGACUCUUUGAUGUUAACACUGGAUCGAUCGUAAAGACCUUUACUGGACAUCAGCUGGCGGUGACUAAGACGAUAUUUAAUCCACUUGGUAAUCUAGUGAUCAGUAGUUCAAAAGACAAUACGAUCAAAUUCUGGGAUAUUGUUUCUGGUCUCUGUAUUCGUACCAUCUCGCCACAUCUGGGCGAAGUGACGUCUGUGGAGAUGAAUUCGAGUGGAACUCUACUGUUGAGUAGUUCUAAAGACAAUUCCAAUCGACUCUGGGAUGUGCGUAUGGUACGUCCAAUUCGUAAGCUCAAGGGACACCAGAACACUUCCAAGAACUUUAUCCGUGCUGGUUUUGCUGAUCAUCACCUGAUUGUGGGUGGUAGUGAGGAUGGUGUUGUCUAUAUUUGGGACCAGGAAACAGGCGAAGUACUCCAGAGACUACGUGGUCACAGUGGUGUGGUCUACGAAGCUGCUUGGAACCCAAAACAGGGCAUGUUGGUGAGCUGUAGUGACGAUCAGACAGCCAAGAUAUGGUGGUAUGACGACAAGGUUCCUUUGGAUGUUUAAAUACAAUAAAAAAACAGCAUCUUUAAAACAAGACCAAAUAGAUCU